AUGACUGCAAUGGUGGUACUAGUUGGGUACUUGGGGGAGACGAAGAUGGAUAAAGGACAAUCUGCCUUUGGAAGUUAUGCGGCUGUACGUGCUCCACAAAUUCCUAGCAUGCUUUGGCUCCACAAAUUCGAGCAGCCGAAAGAGCUGCACGUCCCGUUCAGCCCUGCACUACAGAACUUCUCAAGAAAAAAAAAAACCCUGCACUACAGACGACGGCGGCAGGGGCCGACCGAUAGAAAAGAGAGCGCCGCCGCCGGCAACCUCAUCCCCAGGAAGCAGCCACCGAAGACUCGAGAGAGGGGCGAGCGUGCUAAGGAGAUAGGCAAUGGAUCCUGCUCAGAUUCCUCAAGGGCACGAUCCUGCUCCAAGUAUGGUAUGUGUGGAUGCCAAGAGGCUGCGGCGUUCUGCAAUGCCAGCCGACACCGUAUCCAAAGUGAUCAACGCUGACAACACUAGUUCC